UCGAUUUUAUUCUAUCAUCCGUGUUCGUCACAGUAUGCUUACACCAUAGGAUAUUUUUCUUCAACUUCAACUUAAUACAGAGAAAAAUUAUACCGUUUGGCACACAGCCUAAUAUUAAAAACAAGUUUAACAUGCACAUUUGCUAAUUGGCAACGCCAUUGCUAAUUCCUGUCAGCUGAUAUUCUAUGAAUUGUUUUGGUUUUAGGUAUCAAAUACAAGUUUUGUUUUCUAGAGUUUAUUUUAAAUUUUGAAUGUAGCAUCAAAUAAAAUAAAAUUAAAGCUUUAAAUUCUAAUAUGAAUUCGCGAAAUCCCCAGACGCUUAUGGCACUGCCAAAUGAAGAAAAUUUUGAUUUUCUAUUUAAAGUGGUAUUGAUUGGAGAUUGUGGAACUGGGAAAACUUGUAUUGUUGAUCGUUUUAAAACUGGAAAUUUUAUAGAAAGACAUGGUAAUACUAUAGGUGUCGACUUUUCUAUGAAAACGGUUAAUAUCGAAGAGAAACAAGUAAAACUUCAAAUAUGGGAUACUGCUGGACAAGAACGAUUUCGUACAAUCACGCAAAGCUACUAUCGUUCUGCAAAUGGUGUUAUAAUAGUUUAUGACAUAACAAAGAGGUCUUCUUUUUCAAAUCUUCAAAAGUGGAUUGAAGAGGUACGGCGUUACACAGCAUCCAACGUGUUACUUAUUUUAAUUGGAAAUAAGAGUGAUCUUGACGAAGAGCGAGAAGUGGAUUUUGAAGAAGCGAAGCAAAUGUGCCAAUAUAUACCCGAAAUUCUUUUUGUAAUGGAAACAUCAGCGAAACAAAAUACAAAUGUUGAAGAUGCAUUUGUUUGUUUGGCAACGGAAUUAAAGCGACGUCAUGAUAUCAACACGGUGGAAGAAGACAAAGAAGAUGCCAUACGACUGGGUCAAAGCAAACCGCUUAGUAAUUGCAGUAGUUCCUGCAAUUUAUCAUAAGGAUCUCGACACAUGAUUUUAAUUUUGGACAAUAUUUUUUUUUUACUUUUUUAAGUUUGUUAAUAUAAACCAUUUAAAUUUAACUAUUACUUAAUUACACGCUCGAUAAUAGUAUAAGUAUAUAAAUAGGUAUGUAUAUACAUAUGUGAAAUGUGUAGUAAGUAAAGCGCUGAAGCUUUUAAAUUAUCUAAAAUCAAGUACAAAAUUGAUAUUGAAAUAAAAUAAAUCAGACAAGCAUUAUUUGUGUAUUAGAAAUAUUUUAACACAUUUAUUAUUCUAUUAUAAGGCCAAUUAUUUUUGUCCUUCCGAUGUGCAAUGAACGCUUAUUUCUGGAAUUGACAAUGACAGAAGUUAAAUUCAUACUUGCAGUUUAAAAUGUAUCUUCUUUUUAAUAUAAUGCACUAUGUUAAAUAUGAAAUUAUAUAAUAGUGUUAAGUUGUCAGAAUAUAAGCACAAGCAAUAUCCAAA